AUGUUAAACGGGGAUCCCCAUUACCCCGUUGGGAUACCCGCAGACCCGAUAGUGUUUGGUAAACGGAUACCCGUUGGGAAUCGAGCCGGUGAUGGGAUCGAUUUUCAUAUUCGGGGACGGGGGCGGGAUUACCAAAACCCGUCCCAAACCCGCCCCGUUGCCAUCCCUACACGUCUCGCUAUUCCACCAUCCGCCGAUGUUGCUGCUGUAAGAGUCGUUGCAGUCAUCGAUGGUGCUCCUGCUACCGUUACUAUACACCACCGGGGUGGCUGUCAUCGCAAGGCACCACCUGCCGGUAUCCAACCUCAUGUUACCGUCGUCGUGCGCCACCAAGGGGUCGCUGAGUUUGUUUUACAAUAG